CCGUAGACGUCGUAACAGAGGCGGCCCGUUGCCUGGGAGCCAGUGAAACGCCACUCGGCCUCCGCCGCUGUGGAGAGUGCCAGCGUUGGUCCUCGGUCACCAUGUCGGUGCUGGACGCGCUUUGGGAGGAUCGGGAUGUCCGCUUCGACGUCUCCUCGCAACAAAUGAAAACAAGACCUGGAGAAGUCCUUAUUGAUUGUUUAGAUUCAAUUGAAGACACCAAAGGAAAUAAUGGGGAUAGAGGUAGACUCUUAGUAACAAAUUUAAGAAUUAUCUGGCAUUCUUUGGCAUUACCCAGAGUCAAUCUUUCUAUCGGUUACAACUGCAUAUUGAACAUUACAACAAGGACUGCUAACUCUAAAUUACGAGGCCAGACUGAAGCUCUUUAUAUACUAACAAAAUGUAACAGUACUCGUUUUGAGUUUAUAUUUACAAAUUUGGUUCCUGGAAGUCCUAGACUUUUUACUUCUGUGAUUGCAGUACACAGAGCAUAUGAAACUUCUAAAAUGUAUCGUGAUUUUAAAUUGAGAAGUGCACUAAUUCAAAAUAAGCAACUAAGAUUAUUACCACAAGAACAUGUAUAUGAUAAAAUCAAUGGAGUAUGGAAUUUAUCCAGUGAUCAGGGAAAUUUAGGAACCUUUUUUAUUACCAAUGUGAGAGUUGUGUGGCAUGCAAAUAUGAAUGACAGUUUUAACGUCAGCAUACCAUAUCUACAAAUUCGUUCAAUAAAGAUUAGAGAUUCAAAAUUUGGUUUAGCUCUUGUCAUAGAAAGCUCUCAGCAGAGCGGAGGAUAUGUUCUUGGCUUUAAAAUAGAUCCUGUGGAAAAACUACAAGAAUCAGUUAAGGAAAUCAAUUCACUUCACAAAGUCUAUUCUGCCAGUCCUAUAUUUGGAGUGGAUUAUGAGAUGGAAGAAAAGCCACAGCCCCUUGAAGCUCUGACAGUUGAACAGAUUCAAGAUGAUGUAGAAAUAGACUCUGAUGAUCACACGGACGCUUUUGUGGCUUAUUUUGCUGAUGGCAAUAAGCAACAAGAUCGUGAACCUGUAUUUUCAGAAGAACUGGGGCUUGCAAUAGAGAAAUUGAAGGAUGGAUUCACCCUACAGGGACUUUGGGAAGUAAUGAGUUGAUCUUGAGUUGAGCUGGAUUUCUAUUUAAAGAUAUCUCAAGAUUAAAGAUACUAGGCGCCUGCUAUAAGGCAUGGAAUAGUUUCUACUUUUACAGAAAAAGCUUUUAAGAGUUUUUUAAUGAUUAAGGAAAAACUCAUUUAUCUAAGAUUUUAUUGCCACCUUUCUAAAACUUAUAUUUAAAAUUGUAAUCAAAAUGUAUCUGGUUUGUAAAUAUGUUUAUUUUGUACCUAAUGCUUGUAAAUUAUUAGUCUGCAGAUAAUAAAUGACUGUAUCAUGUUGGGUUUAAUAAAGAAUUUAUACAGCACCAUUUAGUAUUUUUAAAGUGUUAUUUAAAAGAAUAAGACUAUUCUUAUGGAAUAAUCAAAAUACUGCCUUUUUAAUUGUAAAAAUCUGGUUUAAAUAAAUUAUCAAAUAGUUCCAAAUGUAAGCCAACUCUAAUAUAAAUUGUAGCCCUUAAACUUGUCAUGUUUAAGUGACCAUUUCUGUAAAACCUAAAAAUUAUGGUUAACUCUGGAGUAUAUCAACCCCUAUGUAAUGUUUUGGGCACUAUCUUAUAAUAUAGUUUUGGCAAGAAUACAUUUAUUUUGUAAGGAAAUAGUUUUAAAUAGUUCGUAAAUAAAUUGUUCAUUUAUUG